CAGGGCAAAUAUCAUGGUAAUCCCAUGCAUAUAGCAGUAAUCAUCUCAAACUGUUUAAGAGAAGAAAGAAGAAUAUUGGCUGCAGCUAGCAUGCCUGUACAGGGGCCACUGGAAAAGUCUCUGCAGAACUCCGUGGUUUCAGAACGACAACGAAAUGUGGAACACAAAGUGUCAGCCAUCAAGAACAGUGCUCAGAUGACUGACCAAGAUGUCAAAUACUUGGAAGACUUGCAAGAGGAAUUUGACUUCAGGUAUAAAACAAUGCAAAGCUUAGAGCAGAGCGACAAAAACAGCGCCCUCAUUAAACAGGAAAUGUUGGCGUUGCAGGCAAUGCUCAAUACUUUAGACUACAAGAGAAAGGAAGUACUCAGCAAAAUAGGGCGUGUGAUUCACGAAAUCGAUAUGCUUAUGAGCAACAUGCUGACUGAAGAGCUGCUAGACUGGAAGAGACGGCAGCAGAUUGCCUGCAUUGGGGGUCCUCUCCAUGGUGGGCUUGAUCAGCUCCAGAACUGUUUUACACUGUUGGCAGAGAGUCUUUUUCAAGUUAGAAGGCAACUAGAAAAACUGGAUGAACUGUUGACCAGACUGACUUACGAUGGGGACCCUAUCCCAGUGCAAAGACCUCAGCUGCUGGAAAAAGUCAACUUUCUGCUCUACAAUCUUUUCCGGAAUUCAUUCGUGGUUGAAAGGCAGCCCUGCAUGCCAACACAUCCCCAGAGGCCAAUGGUUCUUAAAACGUUAAUACAAUUCACUGUUAAAUUAAGGUUGCUAAUUAAAUUGCCAGAACUAAACUACCAGAUCAGAGUGAAAGCAACUAUUGACAAGAAUGUUUCAACUGUAAGCAAUCGUAGAUUCGUUCUGUGUGGAACACACGUGAAAGCAAUGAACAUGGAUGAAUCCGCAAAUGGAAGCCUAUCAGUAGAAUUUCGACAUUUGCAACCCAAAGAAAUGAAAUCAAGUGCUGGAAGCAAAGGAAAUGAGGGCCCUCACAUGGUGACCGAGGAACUGCACUCCAUCAGCUUUGAAACACAGGUCUGCCUGUAUGGAUUGACUAUAAAUUUGGAAACCAGCUCUUUGCCUGUGGUGAUGAUUUCCAAUGUCAGCCAACUACCCAACGCGUGGGCUUCUAUUAUUUGGUACAAUCUGUCAACCAACGAUCCUCAG